AGAGGUUCAUUAAAAUAACUCUAUAUACGUAUUCUCUCUAUAUAUACUAACUAACUUUUAUUGUUAAUAGAUUUAGUCUUAGAUACUUUUUCACGAAAACCGACAGCGAGAUGAAGAUAGCAUUAGGACUGCUCGUCUGUAUGUUUGGAUUUGCUAUGGGGCUUGACGGUGAUUGCCGUGUACCAUCAGUAUGUGGAGAUCAGCAAGGUUGGACUGAUUUAUCGGCAAUCAUUUCAAAAAAAGAACUGCAAAUCGCAGUUCUAGAAGAGAAGGUGAUCGAACUCGAAAACAGGAUGGAAGCAACUGGAUGUGUCGUUGGCAAAGGCAUAAAAUACAGAGGAAUAGUUGCAAUGACUGAAAGUGGAAAAGCCUGUCAGAGAUGGGACAAACAAGCUCCACACGAACAUUCCAGAACAAAAGCCAACUACCCUAAUUCAGGACUGAAUGCAAACUUUUGUCGUAAUCCAGACGGCGAGGCCAGACCAUGGUGCUACACUAUGGAUUCAGAAAAGAGAUGGGAGUAUUGCGAGAUACCAAUUUGUUAAGAAUGAAAAUGAAAGAGAAAGAUACUUAUCAAAGAUCAAAAGGAAUAAUAUUCAAUAAUCGGAAAUGCUAGCAAAAAAUAAAGUUUAGAAUCGAGUGAAUAACAAAAUUUAAUGAUUAAAUAUCUUCUCAAA